UCACGCCACGUUUGAGGUGGAUUUUCCAGAUCCGGCGCCUUGGGCUGUGACACCUCAUCACGUAGGAUACGGUCUCGUAAGCAUUAUAAGUAUGCUGGUUUGGGCUCUUUUUGGGUGCCUUCCGUCGCCGCGUCGGACGCUCUCCUCGUUAUCGAAACCCUAGCGCGCUCAGAUCUCUCGCUCGGUGUCCAGGUCAAGCUCUGACUUGUUGCCAUCUCGCCAUCCACCUCCUCCGCCUCUCCCGUCAUACUUCGCUGGAGCGCGUCCACCUGUGGUGAUUAAAUCUCACCCUUGACCCCGAUGGGUUCGCCCAAGGAGAAGACGAAGACCACCAUCAUUUCCUCCCCAGCCUCCGCCCCUGCCAAGACGCUGCCGAGCGCCUCUUCCGAGCCCACGCAAGAACCACCAACUCCGAUCCCGCCGGCGACUACAUCUGUCCUCCCCGAAUGGUCCGCCUCCCUUCAGGCUUUCUACGGCCGCGGAGCCGCCGCCAUGAUGCCCCAAGCCUUCUACCCCCCACCCCCCAUCGCUGCCCCGCAGCCUGUCGUUUGGGGAGCCCAGCAAGUGAUGCCGCCCUACGGCAGUCCGAUUGCUUACGCUUCGUUCUACCCACACGGAGGUUUUUUUGCUCAGCCCCCGAUGAAUGCGGCCAUGGCUUACCGCACCCCGGAAACACAAGGAAGGCCCCCGGAGGCUAAGGACAAGCAAAUCACAAGCAAAGGGACUUCCAAAGAUGGAGGGGAAUUGACUGGAAAAUGGGGGAACGGUGGUAAAGGAACAUCUGGUGCUGCUGAGAAUUCCUCACAAAGCGAUGACAGUGCCACAGAGGGGUCAUCAGAUACUAGAGAAGACGGUAGCCAACCAAAGGAUCAUUCUUUAGCCAGAAAGAGAAGUUAUGGAAACAUGAUUGCAGAAGGUGAAGCUUCUCAUCCGCUCGACACUGCUGAACAUAGUGGUGCUAAUGCUGAAUCAACUUAUAGUGGAAGGUCGCGGACUGCCAAAAAGCUUCCAGUCUCAGCCCCAGGAAGAGCAACAUUACCUGGUUCCCAAACUAAUUUGAAUAUUGGCAUGGACUUUUGGGGUGCUACCCAUGCUGGAUCUGUACCUAUGAAGGAUGACCGUGAACUGAGGAGGGAGAAAAGAAAACAGUCUAAUAGGGAGUCUGCUAGGAGGUCAAGGUUAAGGAAGCAGCAAGAAUGUGAGGAAUUGGCCAGGAGAGUGACUGAUUUGGAGAGCGAGAAUAGUGCACUCAGAGUAGAAAUUGAAAGUCUCAAGAAAUUGCGUGGGGAACUGAAAGCCGAAAAUAAAUCAAUUAUGGAAAAACUGAAACAAAGAUAUGGGCCUGAGAAUUUUUCCGAGCUGGGCAUCAGCAUUGACCCAUCAAAGCUGGAACCGGAUGGUGCCAGUGGUUGACCUUUUUCUCAUCCAUGUCUGAUUAGUUCUAAUUAGUGUAGUGGGCUUCCAGAAUCCUCGGUUUGUUCCAUGUCCACUCCACUGGCCUUGGAUCCUUGACGCUUUUUUUGUUUAAGGAGAGGGUCCACAUAUUCUGGAUAUACUUGGGAAGAUCAAACUGAAGCUGUAAUCCUUUUUAUUUCUUCUUUUAUUGAAGCAGUCGCAGUUUGUUCUGCAAAAGUGAGGGACUUCUUAAUGUAGCAUCAGAUAUCUAAUCCCUGAAGUUGCUAGUGUGUUUGCUGACUGUGAUGUAAGAGUGCAGAGAGAGGGGGAGAGAGAGAGAGAGAGUAUAGAAACAGAAAAAUGGACUUGCUAUCCUGUUAGCGUAGUGGAAGUCUGAUUUUGUUUUUGAUUGUGGUGUAAAGUGACUGUUGAAUUGUAUCACCUUGAAUAUCUAUAUUACAUCAAAAGGUUGACGUUUGAUCCA